CUGAGGCGGAAGUAGCGGUCAGUGAGCCAGCUGCCAGGCAGGAGCCAGAACUGAAGGGUCGGGCGGGAGCUAUCCUCAGCGAGACGCUGGUGGCGGCGGUGGAUUACUAUAGAACAGCGUUUACUGUAUAUACAGGGCAGCCUAGAGCGCCAGCUUCUCCUCCUCGCCAUGUCCCGGAGCUACAACCCCUUUGAUGAGGAUGAAGACGAGGACUGUAAGCCUGUGAAGUGGAACAACGACCAGGACCCGUAUGAAGACCCCGCCGACAGGAGAAGGAGGGAGGAGGCGGACAGGCAGCGCUCGCUGCAGGCAGAAGUCAUGCGGAGGGCAGAGGCCACCGUGGACAGCAGCAAUAGGUCUUUGUCCCUCAUCUAUGAAUCAGAGAAAGUUGGGGUGGAGACGGCAGAGGAACUAAUGCGGCAAGGAGAGGCUUUGAAACGCACAGAAAAAAUGGUGGAUAAGAUGGAGCAAGAUAUGAAAACCAGUCAGAGGCAUAUUAAUAGCAUAAAGAGCAUGUUUAGUGGUUUCACAAACUACUUCAAAGCCAAACCUGCGGAGACACCCCCACAAGACUCUGCGUAUGAUUAUAAAGCUAGCAACCGAUUGCAGGAAGCCUUGUCAAAAAGCAGUGAUUAUGAAGAAAAGUAUGAAGCCACACAUCCCAAUCUCAUGAAACGGGACACUGUAGAUAUCAGUAAUAAUGCGGCCGGUGCAACGAGUUCUGGAUACCAACAUAAGGCGCCGGUACUCAGAAACUACCACCAGAAAAUUGACAAUAACUUGGAUGGCAUGUCUGUGGGCUUAGAUCGGCUCAAAAACCUUGCCCUUGGAUUGCAGUCAGAGAUUGAUGACCAGGAUGACAUGCUUGGCCGCUUGACAGUAAAAGUGGAUAAUCAGGACUUAAAUAUCAAAACUACCAACCAACGGAUCCAAAAAGAGCUGUGAGAGCGGAAAUCAUCAUUGUGCCUCAGCUCCAGUUCCUUUACCUUCUUCCAAUAUAUUGUACAACAAGACCUCUUUAGAAGUGUGUUUCUAGCACUCGUAUCAGGCAUAUAAUACCUGCCUGUAUCCCAGUUGAAAUCCUACUUGCUGCACUAAAAAUACAUGUUGUUCAGUAUUCAAAAGAAUGAAGGCACUGGGUUUUACUACAUACAGGAUAAUAUAUGGAAGGAUUAAAAGUGCAUGGAAGUGUUCACUACAUCAUUAUACAUGUGCUUUGUGCUUUAAGUUGAAAUGGUUCAAUAACUAACAACUAGCAUCGAUGAAAGUAAAGAAGUAACCUUUUCCAGUCUAACACUCCCUCCCCUCCCCUAUGCUAGAUGUAGCAGUCAUAUUAAGUAGACCUAAAAUACAUGUUACUUUGUAAUGAGACUCUGCAGAUUAUGACUCCUAAAGCAGCCAAUGCCACUCCUGCUGCUGUGGAACUAUAAGUUCCAGCAUGCUCUCCUAACAAAAGCCAGAGGGCCAUAAGUUACCUGCUUUUACUGUGAAUAUUUUCCUAUUGUUCCUAUUUUACUUUGCAAUACCUUUAGUCCCAUUUAUAUGAAGCAAUAUUAAUUGCUACUGAUAGCACAGAGUUUUACUUGCUUUUAAUAUUAUUAAUGAGAGUGCAUCCUGAGGGCAAAGGAGUGCGCUGUCUCCGUGUGCCUUUGUUCAGUGCUUUUCUUUCUCUCUCCCUCUCUCUCUCUCUCCUCCCCCCUCUCUCUCUCUCUCUCUCUCUCUUUCUCUCUCUUCCCCCCCCCCUUCCCCCUCUCCUCCCUCUCCUUUCUUCACUCUGUAAUCUCAAAUUAGUUCAGGUGAACAUGGAAAUGUUGCAAAUAAAUGUGUUUUGUACAAGAAA